AUGAACUCAAUCUUACGCUCCGCAGCCUUUCUUGAGAGGAUACUGCUAGAUGAUGCGGGAAACAUUCGGCCACGGUAUAGAGACGAUGAUACCGCGGCGAAUGGCCAUGCCGUCGCGCAUGAAAGCCCCAUUGCUGCAAAAGAACGCGCACCUCGUGUCGAGGAACACGCGCCGUAUGUCGCGCCUACUCCCGAUUAUAGCCACAACCACCAAGCCGCAGAGGAUGGCUCCAGAGCUUCCGAAGAAGAGAACGGCGUGUCCAAUCCUCUCAAACGAAGAUUCGAAAUGCCAAUUGCUGAGAGUUGGCUUUUCCCCUUCGAAGAUGUUGAUAUCGCGCACCAUUUGCCAUCUCAACCACUGCUCGAGAAGGUCGCAGACUUUUUCUGUGUCUCGUUCCAUCAUUGGAUUCCGUAUAUCCAUAAGGCUAGACUCCAAACGCGAGUGCGCCAAGGUUGCCAGGAUCCAGGCCAUGUGUUGGUCCUUCAUGCUCUGGUCGCCGUUGCUCUGCGACACAUGGAACCCAACGUACUAUACCUGGAUAACGAUCAGAUCCUUCAGCAGACGAGGGUCUCCCGGAUGAUUGUGGAAACGCAUGCGAUGCGCAAUGUCACCAUCGAAAGCCUGCAGGCCCUCAUCUUCCUAGUCUUUGAUCUUCUCAAUGAUGGUCAAACACAAAGAGCGUGGCCGCUGAUCGGAUCGCUCACGAGGACUAUAGACUAUCUCCAACUUACUACUGAGCCAUCAACAUCGCAGUCGGGAUCACUUAUGACGCCUGUGCGGUUGGUGAAGCCCUCAAACGACUGGACGGAGUUGGAAGAGCGACGAAGAUUGUUCUGGAUCAUAUUUCUGCUCGAUCGAUAUUGUUCGGUGUCUACAGGAUGGAACACCAGUCUUACAGCAGAUGACGUGCACCGUCGGUUACCGGCAGACGGCGGUUUCUUCACCAGAGAAGAGCCGGUAACCACACCCUACUUCGGCAUCUGGAACAAGGCUGCCGCUCGCAUUGGGCGCUCACUGGCAAAUGUGCCCGCACAAUACAACGAAGAAGACCCAGGAGUCGACCACUUGCCCCCAGGAGCCAGCCCCAAUUCCGCCAACGGCUACAUCGAUGCUUCCAAGCUAGGCGCAUUCGCAUACUGUGUCGAAGCAACCGAGAGCUUGAGUCAAGUGACGACAUUCUUCCUUCAACAAAGGAUCAACUGGCAAGACAAGGAGCAUGCAGUCAGUUGGCUGACACGCUUCAAGGAGCUGGAUUUGAGACUUGUGCAGUGGAAGAUCUUCUUGCCACCCAGGUGGAAGGAUUCCAACAUCUCGUCAGACAGGACUGUGGUCGACAUGGAUCCUAAUCUAACAUUAGCACACAUUACGCAUAAUACCUCGAUGAUAUUACUACAUCACCCAAUCGGAUAUCCGCCCCGCGGAUGGAACGACUUCGUCGCAUUACCAAAAGAAUGCAGUGCCCAGACGUGCGAGCUUGCCGCAGUAGAAACUUCAAACAUCGUCGACAAAUUUCUCACCCAUACGCCCAUACCCUUUGUCAACGUCCAAUUCUCAUUCUGCGCCUUCAUCGCCGCCAAAGCACUACUCUUCGAACACCAAGCCACCCGCAAACCUCUACGAUCAGAAUUCCACCGUCUAAUCCACAAUCUCGAGGAAAUGGCCGCAAGAUGGAAAGGGAAAGGCACAGACGAUCCGAAACCAAACAACCAAGCAGCUAUAUACGCAAACCACCUCAUACGACUCCUCGAAGCCUGUCAGAGCGACGCAAAUUUCCGCUUCGACUUUUACGACCACAACGGCCUGACCCUCGACCCACAAAACUACGCCACUACUUACCCGAGCCACACCCCAUUACAGCAGUAUCAACAGCCCGGAAACGGAGUCCCGGUAUCUGGCCCAUCGCUCGCUCCGUACGGUAAUGCUAGCGCAACGGGGAACCAGCAUAGCACUCAAGACCAGUCUCUGCUUAAUCUGUCGGAUGCGUUCAUGGAUAGUCAUUUUCUGGAUAUGGAUCGUGUUAUCACGUUUGAGGAUGCUAAUUUCUUUAUUCCGGGGGAUGCGUUUCGGUGGCAAUAA